GCAGGAUGCAGGCAGGCAGGCAGGAAGUAACGUUACGAGAAGAGAAGUGGCGCAGAAGUGAGUUUCAAGCUACACUCCUAGAAGACGUCCGAGUCAGAAACAUUUUCCCUAACCUUCUUAAAAAUGGCAUAUCACAGUCCUUACAGAGCUUCUUCGCAUAUAAACACCCCUCCGGAUCAAAGCUUUUUGUGGAAUAUCUUCCAGAGGGUUGACAAGGACCGCAGUGGGGUGAUAUCCGACUCUGAGCUACAGCAGGCAUUAUCCAAUGGCACAUGGACACCAUUCAAUCCUGUGACCGUGCGCUCCAUAAUAUCCAUGUUUGACAGGGAAAAUAAGAGUGGGGUGAACUUCAAUGAAUUUGCUGGUGUAUGGAAGUAUAUCACAGACUGGCAAAACAUCUUUAGAACCUAUGACAGGGACAACUCCGGCUUCAUCGACAAGACCGAGCUCAAACAGGCACUGACUGGAUUCGGUGAGCUGCAAAGUUAUCGUUUAUCGGACCAGUUCUAUGGUACGCUGAUUGAAAAGUUUGAUCGACAGAGGAAAGGGCAGGUAGCCUUUGAUGACUUUAUCCAAUGCUGUAUUGUAUUGCAGAGGUUGACAGAUGUUUUCAGGAGGUACGAUACAGACCAGGAUGGGUGGAUCCAGGUGUCAUAUGAACAGUAUUUAUCCAUGGUCUUUAAUAUAGUUUAAUGGCAUGCAGGGGCAGCGAAGAGAAGCACAACAGCUGGACAGAACUGUGCCAAAAAGCUAUCAGCACUUCCUGGAUUUCCAUCACAGUGGACUCUUCAAGAUUUUUUUCUCCCAACUCUAUGACAGCUGGCCCGACGUUGGGCUCAUUCG